AUGGCCGAACUCAAGGUGGAGAGCCGGGCCAGUGUUGACUGGCAGAAGCGCUGCCUGGCCCUGGAAACACAGCUUUUCAGGUUUCGCCUCCAGGCCAGCAAGAUAAGGGAGCUGCUGGCUGACAAGAUGCAGGAGCUGGAGCAGAGACUGCUGGAGGCGGAGCAGAGAGCAGAGAAUGCAGAGACCCAGGUGGGUGUGAUGGAAGAAAAGGUAAAACUGUCCAAUCUGAAGAAUGUGGACUCCACAGGGAGCCUGCACCGAAAAUACCAAGAAUUGCUGAAAGUCAUGCAGGGCAAAGAUGAACUUAUCAGCCACCUGGAGGCACAACUGGAGAAGCAGAAGCAGCUAAGAGCUGAGGAAGCAAAAAUUGUUCAAGAAAAAGCUGCAAAGAUCAAGGAGUGGGUGACGCUAAAGUUAGCAGAGCUUGAGAUGGAGAAUCAGCAUCUGAAAAACUGUAAUCAGCGCCUGGUGGAGCAGGUGGGAGCCCUUCAAGAUGCGCUGAAAGCUCUUCAGAUGACACCUUCAGGGAAGCUGCUGGUGGCCCCCCAAGAAGCCCCAGAGGAGAAUCCUGUCCCUUCAGAUCCAGGAGCUCAGCCUGUGGCACAAGAUAGUGGUCCUCAGGCCCAGGCUUUGAAGGUGGCUUUGCCUGGACCUUAUCUGGGUGCCCUGCAGAGCAAGGGCUCUGUGCCUGAAGCCAGAAGCCCAGUGGAGGAUUCUAGUUGCAGCAUGGUCCACCCUGAGGAAAUAGAGGCCAAGACCCUUCCACCUCAUCUGGGAAAAGAGGGCUCUCCCAGCCAGCUGGGUGUGAUACCUGGCUCCGCAAGAUGUGGCUCAGCCUCCUUGGGGGAGGGCCUGGUCACUGCUCGUUGUGGAGGGAUACUCUUUGGGACCAAGACCUCUGCCAGGGAAGGUGGCCCUGGCAGCAGCCUAACCCUACCAAAGGCACGGGCUUCCAGUGCCCCCUGGAAUAGCAUCCAGGUGGCCAAAAGGCACCACAGCCAGCCCCAGGUAGGCCCUGGGCACUUUGAUCAUGUGGUGAACAUUGAGGUUGGAGCCCUGGCAGCACUCCACCCCUCUGUCCUUUCUAAGCUGAAGCCCCCAGCUGAGCUCCGGGAAGAACCAGAGAAGAUGGAAAUGGAGGCAUCACCUCCGGCAGGGAAGGAGGAAGGAGAGAACCUGAAGGCCCCUAGACCUGAGCUAGAGAAAGAACUGGAGAAUAAACCACCCACACCUCCACUACACCGGUUUCCAUCAUGGGAGAGCCGGAUCUAUGCAGUGGCCACUUCGGGCAUGCAGCUGUCAGAUGUGUCUUCCCGGAGUCACGUUGCCUGCUGUGCUUCAAGCCCUCCUGCCCUUGCAUCCCCUGUGUCUUUCUCUGGCCUUGUCUACAAGAAUGUCACUGUGCCUGUCUACACAGCACUGAAAGGGAGAGCCAUGCAGAUCAGCAAUGUGCCCUUCGCUGACGACUCCUCUGGGUCUGAUGAUGACUGCAGCUCUCAGGCCAGUUUCCGAAUAUCAGUCCCUUGUUCUGAGUGUAGGAAGACCAGCGGACUAGGCAGUCCCCGGGCCAUCAAGAGAGGGGUCUCCAUGUCUUCACUGAGCUCCGAGGGUGACUACGCCAUUCCCCCUGAUGCCUGUUCGCUGGACAGUGACUACUCAGAGCCUGAGCACAAACUUCAACGCACCUCGUCCUACUCCACCGAUGGGCUGGGCCUAGGCGGGGAGUCACUGGAGAAGUCAGGCUACCUGCUGAAAAUGGGAAGCCGGGUGAAGACAUGGAAGAGGCGCUGGUUUGUCCUGAGACAGGGACAAAUUCUGUACUACAAGUCCCCGAGUGAUGUCAUUCGGAAACCUCAAGGUCAAGUGGAUCUGAACUCCCAUUGCCAAAUUGUUCGAGGGGAGGGUGCACAGACAUUCCAGCUUAUCUCAGAGAAGAAGACCUACUACCUGACAGCAGAUUCACCCAGCCUGCUGGAGGAGUGGAUACGGGUCCUACAGAACUUGUUGAAGGUACAGGCCACCGGGCCUCCAGCCCUGCCUCAGGGUGGCACCAAGCCCACUGUGAAGGGCUGGCUGACCAAGGUAAAACAUGGCCACUCCAAGCUAGUCUGGUGUGCUCUUGUUGGGAAAACCUUCUACUAUUACCGGAGCCAUGAGGAUAAGCGACCCCUGGGUCGUCUGCCUGUGCGGGAUGCACGCAUAGAAGAAGUAGAUCGAUCCUGUGACUCAGAUGAGGACUAUGAGGCUGGAGGAACCAGACGGUUACUUUCCUCCCACUGUACGCUGGUGAUCCAUCCUCCAGAGCACAGUCCUACCUACCUGCUCAUUGGUACCAAGCAUGAAAAGGAUACAUGGCUUUACCACCUCACAGUGGCUGCAGGUGGCAGCAGUGCCAAGGUAGGCACUGCCUAUGAGCAGCUCAUUGGGAAACUGAUGGAUGGUGAGGGAGACCCAGAUUCCCCACUCUGGAGGCACCCUAUGCUGUGCUAUAGCAAAGAUGGGCUGUGUACCUCCCUCACCACCCUGCCCUCUGAGGCUCUGCAGACAGAGGCUCUCAAGCUCUUCAAGUCCUGCCAGCUCUUCAUCAAUGUGCCCGUAGAGGCUGCCUCAGUGGACUACCACGUGUCCCUGGCCCAGACAGCACUGCAGGUGUGCCUGGUUCACCCUGAGCUGCAGAGCGAGAUCUACUGCCAACUCAUGAAGCAGACCAGCUGCCGCCCACCUCAGAAGUACUCCCUCAUGCAGUGUUGGCAGCUCCUGGCUCUGUGUGCCCCACUUUUCCUGCCUCAGCAUCAUUUCCUCUGGUAUGUUAAGCAGCAGCUCCAACGCCAUGCAGAUCCCAGAAAUGAAACUGGCCAGUAUGCCACCUACUGUCAGCGGGCAGUGGAGCGAACUCUGCAGUCAGGGGAGCGGGAAGCCAGACCAUCACGCAUGGAAGUGGUGUCCAUCUUGCUGCGAAACCCCUUCCACCACUCCUUGCCCUUCAGCAUCCCUGUGCACUUUGCCAACGGGACUUACCAGGUGGUUGGUUUUGAUGGCUCCUCCACAGUUGAUGAGUUCCUGCAGCGGCUGAAUCAGGAGACGGGCAUGAGGAAAUCAUCCCACUCUGGCUUUGCUCUCUUCACCGAUGAUCCUUCUGGCAGGGAUCUGGAACACUGCCUGCAGGGGAGUGUCAAGAUCUGUGAUGCCAUCUCCAAGUGGGAACAAGCCCUGAAGGAGCUGCACCCUGGAAAAUCUGAGGGUGGGACACGCGUUGUGAAGCUGAUGUACAAGAACAGGCUGUACUUUCGGAGUCAAGUCAAAGGGGAGACAGAGCGAGAGCGACUGUUGCUUGCCUUCCAAACCAGUGGAGAGAUAGUGGCAGGGAGAUUUCCUGUCAAUAAAGAACUGGCUCUUGAGAUGGCGGCCCUGAUGGCCCAGGUAGAAUAUGGGGACUUGGAGAAGCCUAUUCUGCCAGGCCCUGGGAGCACACCCCCUGCCAAGACUCAUCAUCUUCUCCAGCAAGUCCUAGAUAGGUUCUACCCAAGGCGCUACAGACAUGGGGCACCCCCUGAACAGCUGAGGCAUCUGACAGAUAUGCUGACCACAAAGUGGGCAGCACUGCAAGGCUGCUCCCCUCCUGAAUGCAUCCGCAUCUACCUGACUGUGGCCCGGAAAUGGCCUCUUUUUGGUGCUAAGCUUUUUGCUGCUCAGCCUGCCAAGCUGUCUUCCAAGGAGAACACUCUGAUAUGGAUUGCUGUGAAUGAAGAUGGUGUCAGCAUCCUGGACCACCACACUAUGCAAGUGCACAUCACUUACCCCUACUCUUCAGUGACAACCUUUGGUGGCUACAGGGAUGACUUCAUGCUUGUGAUUAGAACCAUUCCAGACCAGGGGUCUGGAAAAGCACACAUUGAGAAAUUGAUCUUCCGGAUGACUGCUCCUAAGAUUGCUGAAACUACCUUCAUCAUGGCCAGCUACAUGAACCACUGCUCUACAACUGUGAACCCACCUGCCAACUCACCUGCAGCCCGCCAGCCAUGGGAGCUAGAUGGAUGACAGUUCUUUGCUUCUGUUUCCUGUGCCACCAAGGGGCCAACAUUGCUGUGAAUAUUUCUCCUACCCUCUCCCCACCACCUCUGGGAUUAGAGAUUUAUAUCCUAGGAUAUGGUACUACUGUGAUGGGUCUAAUAGAACUCCCUGCACACAGUUCUGUGAAAUGUGUAUUUCAGCGUCUAUGAAGACUACUCUCUAGAUGCCUUAUAAUAUUUCAGAGCCCAGCUUUUACAAAUCCAGACCCAGUAUAGAAACCACUUAUUCCCCACCACCACCACCCAUAAGAAUACUGACUCUGGAUGCUAUCUGAUUCUAAACAUAGACAGGGAUGGCCCACUGUCCCAAUGUUACUGAGGGUCACAGUGCUGUA